AUGGAAGAAACAGCACAAGAAAGACAAAUGAGAGGACGGCUUAUGUCAAACUAUGGUCUUAAAACCUAUACGCCAGAACAAAUUAAGGAACAAUGGAGAGAGAGUAUGAAGGUACUGGUGAAUUUCUCUUUCUGAACUAAACCGUUUAAACUGUUUGACGUGAUCUCUUUUGUUAUAGUUAAGUAAAUAUCAACGCUUAAUUGCAAGAACUAAAAGAUACCGCAAAAUGGAUGGUUCCUUUCUGGUUCAAGCAAGCAGGAAAGUUUAGAGAUUUUUUAAACUCAUCGCAGCUUGAAACAGUUAUAAAACCGAUAAGCUAAUGUGUGGCUUACUUUGUUUCCCACGUUCCUUUAGCAAAUCGAACUGGGUUUAACUUUCAUUCCUGAUUCAUUGCAAACUUUUCGUCUCUAAGAUUUGCUGUAAGUUUUUACCCGCUACACUUAAUGAUCUUUGUACCCUUGAUGUGAUGUAUGUUUAGUUUUGCCACUGACCUAAACAACACAGUUGGGGUCCUUUCAACUUUCAACUGCUUCAAUUUGUUUCAGAGAGAAAGCCGCCUAAGAGAUGCUCACCUCAUUACGUCGAGCUGCAGUGAAGAAUUGACUAAAGCUUGGAAAACUAAUUUUUCAAGGCAUUUUUCUUCCGACGUAGCGGUGCAAAACUACUUUAACACGAACAAACAGGUAUUAUAUCUAGAUGAUGUGGUAGUUGUUGCCGGACGCUUUGAAGCUAAUGCAAGACAGUUAUCAAGGAUUAACGGAGCCAUUGUACUGAUUGUAGCCACUCAAAGUUUAGUUAUUGAUAAACAAUCAAACGAACCUGUGAAUCAAAAUUCGAAGAGAAUUUAUGAAACUCUCAGCAAACUCGUGGGAACUCUUUCAAGCAAGUCAUAGUCACUACAGAGAAAGUGGCACUGAAUCGGUGGUGAGUAUUAAGCCCUUGAAUAGUUAGAAACUGCAAAGCAUAAUAAAAGUAAUCACUUAGGCUUUUUUACUUUUAGUACGUCAUUGAAAACUGAUCCAAUGUUUUGUUUCUUUUAACUUUAAGCACGAAAGAGUAUCAAACUAUGACCGAACAUUCCAUAUCAAAUCUGGUUACUGCAGUAAACUUCAUCGUGACGACAGAGAACAUACUCGUGGACUAAAUGUUAAUGCUGAGGUGGGUGUUUUUGUUUGCUUUCAUUUUGAACUGUUCUACCGCUUUUAUUGACAAACACCGCUAACGGAUUAGAAUAUACUCUACACAAAAAUAUAUCGGCCAUUCGUUUCGUAACAAUACCUUUGAGAGGGAGACGAUCAGGCCACUUUUUCAAAUCUCUUUUCAUGCAUAGUGUGCUUGGGCUCCCUAUGGUGAGAUUAUGGUACGAACUAAGGAAGUAAGCUGUCUUAGAGGAUUAUAACCCAUUUGUGGUAUCCUGAUUUACCUAAGUUCACUUUAGUGAAUUCACCAUUUUCACAUAGACCAUAGAUCCUAGUUUACCCCUCCCCCAAAAUUUUGCAUAACCAUUGUCUUCGAUUUCUCUUGGGACGACUGUAAUACCCAGAAAAAAAAAAAUUGGAAAAAAUAACGGUUAUGCAAAAUUUUGGGGGUAAACAAGGUGCAUCAUGGUCUAUGUUAAAUAGUGAACGUAUGUUUAUGAAGUCCCUUAUCGACCCUUGAUAGCAAAAUGCGUAAUUGUGAGUGCAAGCUCUCCGAUUUAGUUCUAAAGAAUGUUGGUGUGGAGACUAACUCACAAGAGACGAACAGAAGAGCUAGCUGCUUGUGAGUUCAACUGUUCUAAGGUUGCAACUAGCUCGAAAUUCCCAAAAGUCAUACUGGUAUCCAAUUUAUUCAUUUAUCACUUGUUUGAUACCAGCCUGGUUCAAGGAACAGACUAACACAGAAUGGGAAUGGGCACAAAGAGAAUUAUAGGCCCCGAGCGAGGUGCCCUCCCUACCCAAACCCUCAGCCCAUGAAAGAUAUACACUAGGGGUGGCCCUUGCCUUAGAGGGUUACAUCUCAUCAAGAGAGAAUAAUUGGACAGAGAGGGAGACUCCUAGUCUAGCCGUUGGGAUAUGUGAAUGUCACCAAAGUUAUUUUUAGACCAGUUGAGCGAUUGAAAUUGAGGUUCGCAAACGUUUUUCAGUGUUGCUAGGAGAGAAUUCAACAGUCGCCAUCACAAUAUCCUCCAUAUUGUUUUUGUUUUAGGCAGGUGCGCGUGGACUUUAUGACGUUUCAAUCAAUCGAUUAAAAUGUGCGGACGCCUCAGGAAUUAGGCUUCUAUUUAAUCACAACCUCUUAAAAAAACUUUAGUGAAAGUCUGACAUCCCAGAUAACGCCCUAAGAUUCGCUCUCUGUCCUACUAUUCCCUCUUGGUCACAAAUGGUUCUAGUCUAUGUACAGACGCCCCCUUCCCUCAAAACAAUUGGGGAGGGGGCAUCUGCACGCAGGCUAAUGGUUCUUGUACGUCCAACGAGAGUUGAUGUUUAAGCCCUGGUUCAGAAGUGUCAUGAGGCACAUAGGGAGCAAUAUACUUAUGACCCAUUUAAAUCUCUGCUUGUAGGAACAAAUCAAGGCGGUUCCAGUUUUAAGUUCUUCUCUUUAUGGUCAUCGACCUCCGUUGGAAAAUCCUUCCCGACGACAUGUGCGGGUGGCAACUGUGAAGCGAGAUUUCUACAGGCACAUCCUGAUAUGA